GCUGAGAGAGCACGCUGGGGCCUACCUGUGUAUAGCCAGUAAUGGCGUCCUUCCAUCAGUCAGCAAGCGCAUUCUCCUCAACGUGCGAUUUCGGCCGAUGAUCCGUGCGAGGGAAGACGAAGUGUGGGCGAGGCUGGGCGCCUCAGUGAACCUGUCGUGUGUGGUGGAUGCCUUCCCAGAGCCCAGCAUGGUGUGGCUACGAGACUCUGGCCACCCUAUCUACAGCCAUCAUUACCUCUACCAUUUGCACCAUCCGGCCAAGCAGAAAUACGUGAGUGGGAUGGAGUACCUAAACUCAACGCGAUGGGUGAUUAGUCUGAGAGUAAGCAACGUGCAGGAGUUUGACCUUCUCGGCUACCGCUGUCGAGCCAACAACAGCGAGGGAACAGCAGAGGCUAGGGUUGCCGUCUUCAAGACCAAAGAGACCAAUAUCAGGAAAUACAUAAGCAUAUUAAGCGUGACGCCGCGAAUCUUAGAAAACUGGCCAACCUUUAAGAACAGAAAAGGUUAG